AUGGACCCUGCAUGGCACUAUAUGCCCGGCACUGCCAGGCUCAUCGAGGACAUGGACAAAAAGCACUUGGUCCUACUUUGAUGUGGAAGGACUUAAAGGUUUUUUUAAAGAAGCAUUGAUCAGUUUGCUGCAUCAGUCUUGCAUCAGACUGUGGAGUGCAUCCAUGUGGGCAAAAAGAAUGGUGAUAUUCCUCGAGGAGUUUUUGUGGUCAGAGGAGAAAAUGUGGUCCUACUAGGAGAAAUAGAAAAAGAGAGUGAGAGUGACAUGCCCCUCCAGCAAGUAUCUAUUGAUGAAAUCCUAGAAGAACAGCGGGUAAAACUGCAGGCCAGACGGGAGGCAGAGGAGCUGAAGGUUCAGGCCCUUAAAGAUCGGGGCCUCUCCAUCCCUCGGGCAGACACUCUGGACCCAAAAAUCACUAUAUGA